UUUGUCUAAUGCGAAAAAAUAUAAUUUCACUUUAUAAAUUUGGCAAAGAACAAUAAAUAAAUAAAUAAAUAAAUGCCAAAAGAAUGCCAGCCAAUCUUCUCACUAAUAUAUUUCCUAAUUCUAGAAUGAAUCUUGCAGUAUAUGUUUGUAUAACAUCUAGAAAAAUAUACAAAUAAAAAUGUCCCGUUCAAUUUUAAAAAUUAUAAAAGUAGUUUUGCUUUUCAUCAUUUUUUCAGACGUUUCCUGAAGAGAUUGAGAAAGACCUUGUAGACUACAUCCAUCAAUGGAAUCGAUGAUGUACGGACUGACAUCGAACGACUUACGUCGUCUUGCUUUUCAACUAGCCGAAAGAAAUGGGAUCGCACAUCAAUUCAACAGAGAGAAGCAAAUGGCUGGAAAAGACUGGAUGUAUUCCUUCAUCAAACGCCAUCCGAUUUCCCUUAGACAACCAGAAGCCACCUCUGCAGCAAGAGCACGUUCGUUCAACCGUACAAACGUAAACAAAUUCUUUGACCUGCUCGAACCUCUUAUGGACAAGCACAAGUUUCCACCAAACAAUAUCUACAACGUUGACGAAACGGGGAUCAGUACUGUGCAGAGCAAACCAUCAAAAGUUCUUGCAAAGACCGGAAGGAAACAAGUUGGGUCCUUGGUUUCAGCGGAACGUGGUCAGACCGUCACAGUCGAAACGUGCAUGAGCGUUACAGGGUCUUUCAUCCCACCAAUGUUUGUCUUCCCACGUGUCAGAAUGAAGAUGGAACUAAUGGAUGAAGCUCCUCCAGGAUCAAUCCAUGAGUGUCACAAGAGUGGAUGGAUGCAGAUGGACAUAUUCACAAAAUGGUUCAAGCAUUUCAUCCGAUCAUCUGGCACUUCUAAGGACAACCCAGUGUUGUUGAUACUUGAUGGCCAUGCAACACAUGUCAGAAACUUGGAUGUCAUAGACCUUGCCAGAGACAAUGGUGUUGUAAUGCUGUGUCUGCCUCCACAUUGCUCUCACAGAAUGCAGCCACUUGAUGUGAGCUUCAUGAAGCCACUGUCAACAUACUACGACCAAGAACUAGAAAAAUGGUUGAGAAACAAUCCAGGUCGAGUUGUCACGUCCUUCCAGGUUGCAGAGUUGUUUGGCAAUGCAUACAUGAGGGCAGCAACUACCCAGGUGGCAGCUAGUGGGUUCCGCAAAACAGGAAUAUAUCCUACCAACAGAGAUGUCUUCCUCCCUCAUGAAUUCCUAGUGGCAGAUGUGACAGAUCUUCCCAUGGAUGACCGAGACAACAAAGAACACAGUGAAUCAAGAGUUGAAGUAGCUGCUCCAGGUUGUGAGGAUAAGGUUGAUGGUGAAGAAGGCAUUCCAGAGUUGACUGACACAGUAGACUCCGAAGAACCUGACAAGGAAACUCAUGGAGCAGCUACAGAAGGCUCCAAAACGACUCCAAACCUGCUUGCCAUUCCACCAACUCCUGAUACUGACAACGGUAAUGCAGGUCCCUCAACUUCUCGGUACCAAUCACCAUUUGUCAUUUCCCCACCUCCUAAAGCUAGUACUACCUCCAGGACCAAGAGAUCGAAUGCACGACGUGGCAAAGCUGUGGUCCUAACAGAAAGCCCUUACAAGUCUGAACUUAUCCUCUCAAAGACAACUCGGGCAAAGAAGGGAAAUCCAGGAAAAGCGCGCACAUGCAACAAGCGAUCUUCUGUAGUCCAGCCUCAAACCGGUGGGAAAAGAAAGCGCAAGACAGAACAACCAGAAGCAGAGAAUGACACUUCAUCCACUGAAGAUGAUGAUGCCGAGUGUAUCUACUGCAGUGAACUGUGGAGUGCAGGCAAGGAUGGCAUGAUCAAGUGCUCACUCUGUUUUGGAUGGGCACAUGAAGCUUGCGCGGGAAAAGAGGGUGAUUCUGAUGAAGAAUUCGUAUGUGAUCUCUGUUCUUAAAAAAAAAAAAAAACUUCAUUAAGAUCAGGACUAGAUAUGACACAAGGUAGACAUCAGUGUCAGGAUUAUAGUUUGUCAGUGUGAAAGUUGAUAUACAUUAGCAGUUUACAUGACUUUUCAUUGUCACUUUGGUGAAAGAAAAAUUACGUUUUCCAAAGGUUUUCAUUACAGUGGUUUUCAAAGUAUGGGCCUAGCAGUUGGUUUCAACGUAAUAGUAGUCUUAUCGCAACACAUAUUUGCCCCAGAUUCAAGUAAAAAACACAGACAUGUGUUAUAUUUAUAUAUAU